AUGUCAUCACAAAAAGCUUCAAAACUUGAAAAAUUACACCAGUUUGCCGCAAAAGGAAAAUCUGUUUCAUUUAAUGGUCCUUUGAAAACUCAAUUAUCUUCAAAAUCAUGUGAUAAUUUGGCUCGAGCAAAGAAUCCUGAAGGUUUAUUACCUGAUAAUUCUCAAAGACAAUUACAGCAAAACUCUUAUCUUCGUCCGUCUGAUGUUAGUCAAAAUGUUCAAACUAGAUCUCGUUCGUCUUCUAUGUCUUCGGUGGAUAUUAUUAGUGAACCAUCUUCGCCAUCAAUUACUCCAACAAUUAGUAUAACAUAUUCUAAUGAUAAUCAAACCUAUUUUUCAAAACCUAUCGUGAAAAAUAUUGAUAUAUCUCAUGUUCCUCAAUCUGAUUUUUCUUCUCCUAAUUCUCCUUUAUCCUCCCCAAAAAUUAUUCCUUCUGACUCUUCCUCUAGGCAAUUUUCUUCCCCCACUCCUCCCCCAUCCUCCCAUAAAAUUAUUCCUUCUAAUCCUCCUUCUAGACAAUUCUCUUCUCCUAUUCCUCCGCAAUCUUCUCAAAAUGUUCCUCCUUUUAAUCCUUCCUAUAGACAAACUUCUUCUCCCACUCCUCCUCCAUCUUCACCACGGAUUGCUCCCUCUAAUCCUUCCUAUAGACAACCUUCUUCUCCCACUCCUCCUCCAUCUUCACCACGGAUUGCUCCCUCUAAUCCUUCCUAUAGACAAGUUUCUUCUCCCACUCCUCCUCCAUCUUCACCAAGGAUUGCUCCCUCUAAUCCUUCUGCUAGACAAUUUAACUCUAAUUCUCCUUUAUCUUCACCAAAGAUUAUUCCUUCUAAUAAUUCUUCUACUAGACAAUUUUCUUCAUCUCCUUUAUCUUCGCCAAAAGUUAUUUCUUCUAAUCCUUCUGCCAGACAAUUCUCUUCACCUACCCCUCCAUUAACUUCGCCAAAAAUUGUUCCUUCUAGUCCUUCUGCUAGACAAUUCUCUUCACCUACUCCUCCAUUAUCUUCUCCAAAAGUCGUCCCUCAAAUUUUAGUUGAUGAUGGUGAACUAGAAGGUCGUCAUAAACGACACCCUUUAAAAAAGAACUAUACUUCAAAAGAUGAUUUUGAUGAUGAUGAUAGUCUUCUUUAUAAUAGUAAUAAUAACUCGUUAAUUGACAUCACAAGGCCUAUGGCUCCUUUCAUGUAUGAAAAUGGUAAUGAUAGUGGUACUAAUGAUAGCGAAGAUAUUAGUUCUGACGAAGAUGAGCUAGAAACAAAAUCAUUAAAAAACAUGGAUCCUAAAAAAAAUACUGAUAGUACUAGGAAAGAUAAAGUUCUUGCUAUUGAUGAUUAUGGUUUUGUCCAUCAUGUUGCUGAUCAUGAAAUUCCUGAAGGUGCUAACGGGAUACAAAGAAUUGUUCAAGUGCCAGGAGUUGAAGAAAAGACUGCUCGCUCUAUUCGUUCAUAUCGUGACCGUGAAGCGAAAUGGGUUUCCUUCCUUGGAAGCAUGGAUCCUUCAAUGGCAAGAGAUUCGAGAAAGAUCAAGAAGUUAGUUCGUCUCGGUAUUCCAGAGUCUGUACGUGGAAAAGCUUGGCAAUUCAUGGCUGGGGUCCACAAAUAUCGUAAAAAGGGUGUUUUUGAUAAAUUACGAGAUAAAGAAAAAUUGCCAAUAUAUGAUGAUAUUGAGAAAGACAUUGACAGGUGUUACCCUGAUCAUAUUCACUUCCGUGAAAAAGGAUUUGGUCAGGAAGAUCUUUUUAAUAUAUUGAAAGCAUAUGCACAUUAUGAUACUGUAGUAGGGUAUUGUCAGGGUAUGGGACGUCUAGUUGGAAUGAUGUUAAUGCAGAUGCCUGCAGAAGAUACAUUUUGGCUUCUUGUUGCUACGAUAGAAGAAUAUAUGGGUGAAAUUUUAGAAUUUCUAGGUUCAAUUCCACACGAACUAUUAACGCCCGACUUACUUUUAGAUGCUGCUUUCAAGAUUAAACUGAAACGUAGCACAAUAAAAAGGCUGAAUAAGAAAGCAACAGAAAAAAAUAGUGGUGAAUCGGAUAAGAAAUUAAAGAUUGAUGGGAUUGAGUUUAAAUUAAUCGGUGACAAU